AUGUCCCACGUCCCACCAACCCAGUCCAUUCCCAAACCAGAGGAACCUAAAGAACCACAACAGUCUCCUCAGCAACCUCAGUUCCAGCAAGUACCUCCGAAUUUCUACCAAUUUCCACCUCAAGGUUACUACCCACCACAAGGCUUCCCGAACUACCAUCCUCUGCCUAUGCCUUACUUCCCCAACCCUUGGAUGUUCCAGCAAGCUCCACCCCAGCAAUUCCAAUCUCAGUCCAAAUCGAAGAGAGACCAAGAGUUCGAAGAAGGUCUGAACCGUUUACGCAAAGAGUAUGCCACAGCUCCAAUUGAGAGAAAGUUGUUCCCGGACCAAAAAUAUAA